GGUGGCUAAGCUACGAGCUAUCCAUCCACCUCGCUCCUCACGCGACUCCCGACACGCCCUUCGCUUCCCCAGGCUCAUGUCCUCCUCUGCUGCUGCGGCAUCCACGGCCAGCUCGACGGCGCAGCUGCACCGCCAUGUCAAGUGAUCUCUCCACGCGCUCGUGUCCUUCCUCCUCCUCCGCGUCCCCUUCCGAUGACGCUCGGCGGAGGGACCAUGGAGAGGCGCCGCGACGACGGGAAGAUCAGGUGAACGACGCCGGCGGCGCCAGCAGCAAGGGCCGUCGAGGGCGGCGGCGCCUGCGUCUUCGGGUACCGUGGCGCCUCGGCCUCGGCGCGACGUGGGCGCUGGACCCGCGGGCGAGGUGGGUCCGGGAGUGGAACCGCGCCUACCUCCUCGCCUGCGCGGCGGGGCUCAUCGUGGAUCCGCUCUUCCUGUACGCCGUGUCCGUGAGCGGCCCGCUCAUGUGCGUCUUCCUCGACGGCUGGCUGGCCGCCGCGGUCACCGUGCUGCGCUGCGCGGUGGACGCCAUGCACGCGUGGAAUGUCGCGACGCAGCUCCGUGUCGCGCGCGCCCCGGCUCGGAAGCGCGUGAGCGGCCCGGACGACGAGGAGCAGCAGGCGGCCGCGGAGGAGGAGGAGGAGGGCGCCGAGGCGGCGCGCAAGGUCCUGCCGGGCGUGAGGUCCGGGAAAGGGAUGGUGCUGGACUUCUUCGUCAUCCUCCCCGUGAUGCAGGUGGUCAUGUGGGUGGCGGCGCCGGCGAUGAUCCGCGCGGGGUCGACGACGUCGGUGAUGACGGUGCUGCUGGUGACGUUCCUGCUCGAGUACCUGCCCAAGAUCUACCACGCGGCGCGCUUCCUCCGCCGGAUGCAGGGCGGGUCCGGUCACGUCUUCGGCACCAUCUGGUGGGGCAUCGCACUCAACCUCAUGGCCUACUUCGUCGCCGCCCAUGCUGUGGGCGCGUGCUGGUACCUGCUCGGCGUCCAGAGGGCCACCAAGUGCCUGAAGGAGCAGUGCCACCAGCUGCCCGGGUGCGCGCCCAGGGCGUUGGCCUGCGCCGCCCCGCUGUACUACGGUGGCGCCGCCGCAGCGCCCCUCGGCGGCGACAGGCUCGCCUGGGCCCAGAACGCGCAGGCCAGGGGCAUGUGCCUCGCCAGCGGCGACAACUACCAGUACGGGGCGUACAAGUGGACCGUCAUGCUCGUGGCCAACCCGAGCCGGCUGGAGCGGAUGCUGCUCCCCAUCUUCUGGGGCCUCAUGACGCUCAGCACUUUCGGAAAUCUGGAGAGCACGACGGAGUGGCUGGAGAUCGUGUUCAACAUCAUCACCAUCACGGGGGGGCUGAUCCUCGUCACCAUGCUCAUCGGCAACAUCAAGGUGUUUCUGAACGCGACGACGUCCAAGAAGCAGGCGAUGCACACGCGGCUGCGGAGCGUGGAGUGGUGGAUGAAGCGCAAGAACCUGCCGCAGAGCUUCCGGCACCGGGUGCGGCAGUUCGAGCGGCAGCGGUGGGCGGCCACGCGCGGCGUCGACGAGUGCCAGAUCGUGCGCGACCUCCCCGAGGGCCUCCGCCGGGACAUCAAGUACCACCUCUGCCUCGACCUCGUCCGCCAGGUGCCGCUCUUCCAGCACAUGGACGACCUCGUCCUCGAGAACAUCUGCGACAGGGUCAAGUCGCUCAUCUUCCCCAAAGGAGAAACCAUCGUGAGGGAGGGGGACCCGGUGCAGAGGAUGCUGUUCAUCGUGCGGGGGCACCUGCAGUGCAGCCAGGUGCUGCGGAACGGCGCGACGAGCUGCUGCAUGCUGGGGCCGGGCAACUUCAGCGGCGAUGAGCUACUGUCGUGGUGCCUGCGCAGGCCGUUCCGGGAGCGGCUGCCGGCGUCGUCGGCGACGCUCGUGACGCUGGAGAGCACAGAGGCGUUCGGGCUGGACGCCGCCGACGUCAAGUACGUGACGCAGCACUUCCGGUACACGUUCACCAACGACAAGGUGCGCCGCAGCGCGCGCUACUACUCGCCCGGGUGGCGCACCUGGGCGGCCGUCGCGGUGCAGCUCGCGUGGCGCCGGUACAAGCACCGCAAGACGCUCGCGUCGCUCUCGUUCAUCCGCCCGCGCCGGCCGCUGUCCCGGUGCUCGUCGCUCGGGGAGGAGAAGCUCCGGCUGUACACCGCAAUCCUCACCUCGCCCAAGCCCAACCAGGACGACGACUUCUGAGCCUUUUGAGGCCGCCUCGUCCAUGCAGACCGAACGACAUGGUGGAUGGUGCCAUGCUCCUGCUCGAGACACAUCGCAAGUUGUCCCAUUAUCGACUUAAUUUUUGCCAUGUGUCGUAUGAUUGGAAGGGUCCAAGGAAGUUGUAAAGCGGGAAAGGUCUGGUAGAAUUUUCUUCCGAUGUGUCGGUGUCCUUGCAGCAUGAAACUUUGUGAAUGAUGUACAUAUAUAUUCAGAUGAGGAUAUUUGCUUUAAAAUCCUUUCUUU